UGGUAGGGUUUUCUUCUCGCGCCGCCGGAACGGAACACCACCGAGCCGAAUCGCCCCCCCGGAGCAGAGUAGAGGAGAGGAGAUGGCGGGGAAGAAGGGAGCAGCGGCGAGGAAGGAGGACGUGGUCACCAGGGAGUACACCAUCAACCUCCACAAGCGCCUCCACGGCUGCACAUUCAAGAAGAAGGCGCCCAAUGCCAUCAAGGAGAUCAGGAAGUUCGCGCAGAAGGCUAUGGGCACCACUGAUGUCCGGGUUGACGUGAAGCUCAACAAGCACAUCUGGAGCAGCGGUAUCAGAAGCGUUCCACGGAGGGUUCGUGUGAGGAUUGCCCGCAGGAGGAACGACGAGGAGGAUGCCAAGGAGGAACUCUACUCCCUCGUCACCGUCACUGAGAUCCCUGCUGAGGGUUUGAAAGGGCUGGGAACCAAGGUCAUCGACGAAGCGGAUUAAGCUCUCACAUCCUCUACAUCUUUAGAACAAGUUUGUAGUUUUGUGUCUGGCAACAGCAAACCUUUUGUGUCCCAAAGAAGUUUUGAACUCUGGUACUGUGAUACAAUAUCACAAUUGUCUAUUUCCUUAAUCGAAUUCAAUGGUUAGUUCUGUGUUCGUUUCUUCUUUAUUGCCCUAUGAUUUACA